CAUUAUUACGGAAGAUUCGGAGGGAAUUAAUGGUGCUCAAUAAUCAGACGGUGUGCAAGAGUGAUAUGUUCUCUUGAUAGUGAACUUUGACAUUAGCAAUUUUCGCGAAGGUUGCAUUUUACAAUUUUCAUUGAAAGAAAUAACGUCAAGUUAAAUAUGGCUCCACGAACAGAAGCAGUACCUAAGGAAACUGUGGAACUACCGAACGAAGCACCAAGUAGAGGAAUUAAUGCGGUUUUAUUGGGACCACCUGGUAGUGGCAAGGGCACACAGGCCCCAUUAUUAAAGCAACGGUAUUGCGUGUGUCACCUGUCCACAGGUGAUAUGCUCAGAGCAGAGAUUGAGGCAGGAUCUGCAAUGGGAGCAGAAAUUAAAAAGAUAAUGGAUGAAGGUAAAUUGGUCAGCGAUGAUCUUGUAGUCAACAUGAUCCAUCAUAAUUUGGACAAACCUGAAUGCAAGCGUGGUUUCUUAUUGGAUGGUUUUCCAAGAAGUGUUCCCCAGGCUCAAAAACUUGAUGAUAUGCUGAAGAAAAGGAAAACCAAAUUGGAUGCUGUGAUAGAAUUUGGAAUUGAUGAUAAUUUGUUGAUAAACAGAAUCACAGGUCGUUUAAUACACCCUGCUAGUGGUAGAUCAUACCAUGAAGAAUUUGCUCCUCCUAAGGUUCCUAUGAAGGAUGAUAUCACUGGAGAGCCAUUAAUUAAACGAUCUGAUGACAAUGCACAAGCAUUGAAGAAACGCUUAACAACAUAUCAUACACAAACUCAACCCUUGGUUGAUUAUUAUGCUUUACAAGGGAUUCAUUACUAUGUUAAUGCAGCUCAAUCGAGUAAAAAUGUUUUCAAGGACAUCGAUCGUAUUUUUUUAAGAACAAUGAAGCAAGAUGAAAAGAAAAGUUUCUUUAGUCGAUUCUUUUAAGAUAUCUAAUAAAAUUGUUCCAGAUCAUUUUUCUCUUGUAAACAAAAGGGUAACCUGUAGUUAGCGGGAAAUGUUCUACUAUAGUGUUAUGGUAUUUAGAAAGAGUAUAGGGUUUUAGGUGUACAAUUUUCAAUUCACAAGUAAUUCACCUAUUUAGGGGCGCAUAAUCGACACAAUCUGUAUUUUUCCAUUAAGAAGUGUACAGUAUUUCUAACAAAGUAUGGAAAAAACGAAGCACAAUGCGAACGUUACUGCAUCAACUUAGUUGCAAAUGGCAUUGUAAGUUUUGAGAAGAAAGUAUUGUAAGCCGUAAGCUAAUAAGUUAAAUGCACACAUUUUAUCAGCGUAUUGAAUACAAUAAUGCGACAUAUAAAUGAGUAACUUAUAUGAUAUAAUGAAUGUAUUUGUAUAUAAUGGAUAACGGGAUACAUAUUUCUUUGAUUAUUGCUAUAUAGAG